CCAAGACAUUUUUAAGCAUGUUUAGUGGGUUUAAUUUAAUUAACUAUACUUGAUUUGUUGAAUAUAAAUUAAACAAAAUCAGUGGAACUCCGCCUGUUUAGGGACUGUAUAAGAAUUUAGUUAUAUUUUGUCGGUUUCUUCAAGUUGUAAUCUGAUUGAUCACUGUAGUUUCACUUUAUUUUAAUUUGUUUCCGAUUUGAUAAAGAUCAAUUGUUCAUCGAUAAUUAAACUCUCUGAGCAUUCAUUGACUUCAAUCUUCAACUGUAUUAAACUGACACAUAAAUAAGAACAAUCAUCAAUCAUGGUAAAUAUUGGAAUCAACGGUUUUGGUCGAAUUGGACGUCUUGUCCUUCGAGCCUGUAUCGAGAAAAAAUUAAAUGUUGUCGCCAUCAACGACCCUUUCAUUGAUGUAGCCUACAUGGUGUAUAUGGUUAAACAUGAUUCUACCCAUGGAAAGUUUAAGGGUGAAAUUAAAGAAGAAGGUGGUAUGUUGGUCGUUGAAGGUCAACGUAUCCGAGUUUUUGCUGAAAGGAACCCGGCAGAUAUUCCAUGGGGAAAAACCGGAGCUGAUUAUGUUGUCGAAUCUACUGGUGUCUUUACAACCAAAGAGAAGUGUCAAGGUCACAUUGCUGGUGGUGCUAAGAAAGUCAUCAUCUCAGCUCCUUCCGCUGAUGCACCCAUGUUUGUUAUGGGCGUUAAUCACGAAUCUUAUGAUCCAUCUAUGAACGUUAUCUCCAAUGCUUCUUGUACAACCAACUGUCUUGCUCCUUUGGCCAAGGUCAUCAAUGAUUCCUUUGGAAUUGAAGAAGGUCUCAUGACAACUGUCCAUGCUAUUACAGCUACCCAAAAAUGUGUUGAUGCACCAAGUGCUAAAGCAUGGAGAGAUGGGCGUGGAGCUUUCCAAAACAUUAUCCCUGCCGCUACUGGUGCAGCUAAGGCUGUUGGUAAAGUUAUUCCUGAUUUAAAUGGAAAACUCACCGGUAUGGCUUUCCGUGUUCCAGUUCCUGAUGUUUCAGUCGUCGAUUUAACCUGUCGAUUGAAGAAGGAAGCUACCUAUGAAGAAAUUUGUGCUGUCGUCAAGGCUGCUUCAGAAAGUGAUCAAUGGAAAGGCAUUUUUGGCUAUGUUGAUGAAUUUGUUGUCUCAUCCGACUUUAUUGGAAGCACUUUCAGCUCAGUUUUCGAUGCUAAAGCUGGAAUCUCCUUGAAUAAUAAGUUCGUCAAGUUGAUUUCUUGGUAUGAUAAUGAAUACGGUUACAGUAACCGAGUUGCUGAUUUAAUCAAGUACAUUUCUACUCGCUAAAUUUGAGUGGUUUUAAUUUCAAGCAAAUCAUUUAACAGUCCAAAUAUCGCCUCAACUGUUUAUCUUUAAGGCUAUUCGGUCAUAAUACUUUUCAAGAUGAUGAGAGGAAACUAUGAAUCCAUUUAGCUGGUAUCGAACAUUUUUCUUUAUUUGGUCAUUUUUUGUUAGCUAGAUUUAGUAAUUGUCAGAAUCAAUUAAAAAACAUCUGCAUCUAAAGAAAAUUAUUCUCUUGCGAUUCAUUGAAUUUUAACUGUUUGAAGUGAAAUUAAAUAUGGUUUAAUUAUCCUAAAA